AUGGCGCCUCAGUUAAGCGAAGACGAAAUUGAUGACCUUCUAUAUGCAGCUCGAACGGGCGACAAGGAUGAGCUCACAGGUCUGCUGUCGUCGCUGGCCGAGCGGGAAAAGGUGACUCCCGCCAAGCUUCUCAUAAGCGCAAAGGACGAGGGGAAGUCGACAUGCCUUCACAUGGCCGCUGGGAAUGGCCAUGCCGGUAAGCCAGCGGCGGCGGCGGCGGAGGAUGAGGAGAAGAGGAAGCAGAAGCAGGCCUUUCUGGACGCGCCCAACGAGUACGGUAACACGGGCCUGCACUGGGCGGCGCUGGGCGGGCACCUGGCGGUCGUGAAGCUGCUGGUCGAGCACGGGGCGUCGGUCGCGCUGGCCAACGAUAAGAACUACGUGCCGCUGGACUUGGCCAGCUUCGGGGACAAGUUUGACGUGGUCGACUACUUCCUCUCCCAGAGCGGCGGGAUCGAAGGGGAGAACGCCGCGGUGGGCGGGCUGGAAGGCGACAUGGAAGGGGUGUCGGUGGAAGGAGGGGAGGGGGAGGAACAAGUUGGAGUGGAAGGGGAAGAGAAGGGAAAGGGGAAAGGGAAAGGGAAAGAAACUGACAAGGAGGUGGAGGAAGGAGGGAAGUCAGGUUAA